UGUGGAAACACCGGCGGCCCGCCACGUUUCGCCAGUCUUGUUAGUUGUUCACUCGUCAGUAAUUUCUUAGCUUCUUAUCCAUUUACGUGUGGUCCAGAUAAUAACUUAAAAUGAGUGCUCCAGCACCAGCUCCCGUUCAAAAAAUAGGGAUAGUGAAGCAGGUAUUAUCGGGAGACACUAUAGUAAUAAGAAAGCAGCCGCGAGGCGGGCCUCCUCCAGAGAAAGUGAUAGCCCUCUCAGGCAUCACGGCGCCUAAGCUCGCUCGCCAGCGCACGGCCAACAAUGAUGUGGAGUCAAAAGACGAACCUUUUGCGUGGGAGGCCCGCGAGUUUUUAAGAAAGAAGCUGGUUGGAAAAGAAGUAGUUUUCAUAUCUGAAAAACCUAAUAACUCUACCACGAGAGAGUAUGGGUCUGUGUGGACAGGAAAAGAUACCACUAAAGAUGAGAAUGUGACUGAAGCUUUACUUGCUGAAGGAUUGGCAAAAGUGAGGGAAGGCGGGAGAAAUAUCCCUCAGCUGAAGCGACUUGUCGAAAUUGAAGACAUUGCCAAAUCACAAGGCAAAGGCAUCUGGGGCUCAGAUAUCAGUGGGCAUGUCCGAGAUAUCAAAUGGACCAUUGACAACCCGAAGCAGUUUGUGAACAAGUACAAUGGCCAGCCCAUUAAAGCCAUCAUUGAGUAUGUCCGCGACGGCUCCACUGUCAGGUUGUGCUUGCUGCCUGAUUUCCAUCAGAUCACCUUGAUGCUCUCUGGAAUUAGAUGUCCUGCUGUAAAACAAGACGGCGAUUCAGAGCCCUAUGCCGAAGAAGCCAGAUUCUUCCUGGAGUCCCGACUCCUACAGAAAGAUGUGGAAGUGAUUCUGGAGUCCGUGAACAACAAUAACUUUGUGGGCACCAUCUUGCACCCGCAAGGUAACAUUGCUGAGGCUCUGCUGCGACAGGGCUUCGCGAGAUGUGUCGACUGGUCACUUGCUGUUAUGAAAUCAGGUGCAUCGACGCUGCGAACGGCGGAGCGCGCCGCUAGGGACGCCAAGCUGCGCAUGUGGACCAACUACGUGAGCAACGCGCCCGUGAUCGCCGCCAAGGACAAGGAGUUCACGGCCACCGUGCUCGAGGUGGUCAACGGCGACGCGCUCGUCGUCAAGCUGUCCAACAACACCACCAAGAAGAUCUUCCUGGCCAGUAUCAGGCCCCCCCGCGAAAAGAACAGCCCAGAUGAAGAGGGUAAGCCAUCGAUCAGGCCGAAAGGUUUCAAGCCACUGUAUGAUAUUCCCUGGAUGUUUGAAGCUCGUGAAUUUUUGCGAAAAAAGCUAAUUGGCAAGAAAGUAUCCGUGACUGUAGAUUACAUUCAGCCAGCCAAGGACAACUUCCCUGAAAAAACAUGUUGCAGUGUUCAAGCCAGUGGAAUGAACAUUGCAGAAGCUCUAGUUAGUAAAGGCUACGCAACAGUGGUGAGGUACAGCAAAGACAAUGACCAGAGAAGCUCCCACUACGACAAACUGCUCGAAGCGGAACUCAAAGCUCAGAAGGCAGGAAUCGGCAUUUACGCUAAAAAGGACAUCCCGGCUCAUCGCAUCCAAGACACAAGUGGUGACUCUGCGAAGGCUAAGAAAUUCUUCCCCUUCCUAAAGAGAGCUCAGAAAACCGAAGCCACAGUGGAAUUCGUGGCGAGCGGUUCAAGAAUGAGAAUAUACAUUCCUAAGGAAUCUGUCCUGGUGACAUUCCUACUGGCCGGCAUCAACUGCCCGCGCGGCGCGAGGCCCACGGCGGGCGGCGGCACGCAGGAGGCCGAGCCCUUCGGCGAGGAGGCGCUGCACUACACGAAGGAGAAGUGCCUGCAGCACGACGUAGUCGUCACCAUCGAGGAGAUGGACAAGGCCGGCAACUUCAUCGGCUGGCUGUGGGUGGACAACGAGAACCUGUCCGUGUCGCUCGUCGAGCACGGCCUCGCCUCCAUGCACCACACGGCCGAGACCUCCGAGUUCGCGCGCGUCAUCAAGACCGCCGAAGAGAACGCCAUCAAAAAACGAAUCGGUAUCUGGAAAGAUUACGUCGAAGUAGAGAAGGAAAUCGAAAAGGAAAAGAAUGCCCCAGUUCAGGACAGAACCGUGAAAUACGACAAAGUGAUCAUCACCGAAAUUACACCAGAAGGUCACUUUUACGCACAAAAUAUUGAAAGUGGUGCAAAAUUGGAAGCGUUAAUGGAUAAAAUUCACCAAGAAUUCAAAGCGAAUGCGCCACUACCUGGGUCACUCGCGCCAAGGAGGGGUCAAGUUUGUGCGGCUCUAUUUUCUGCAGACAGCCAGUGGUACAGAGCCAAAGUAGAAAAGAUCACUGAAGACAAAAAGGUCCACAUAUUCUACAUUGAUUAUGGAAACAGAGAGGUGGUGAACUACUCUCGGCUGGCGAGCCUGCCCGCUGGCACGGAGGGCGAGCCGCCGUACGCGACGGAGUACGCGCUGUGCUGCGUGAAGUUCCCGGCGGACCCCGACGACCGGCUGGAGGCCGUGACCGCCUUCUCCAUGGACACGCUCAACAAGAAGCUGCUGCUCAACGUGGAGGCGCGCGGCGCGCCCGCCGCCGUCACGCUCGUCGACCCCGCCACCAACCAAGACGUCGGCAAGAACCUGAUAAAGGAGGGUCUCGUGUUACUGGACGCGGUGCGCGACCGGCGCCUGGCGACGCUGGUGAGCGAGUACCGCGCGGCGCAGGAGCACGCCAAGAGCUCGCGCCUCAACCUGUGGCAGCACGGCGACAUCACCGAGGACGACGCCGUCGAGUUCGGCGCGCGCCGCUAGCGCCCCCCGCCCCGCCACCUCAGCCUACCGACAGGAUCCACCAUCCCGCGAGCCCGGACGCUACACACCAUCUAAACUUUCUUCUUUACGCAACCGCCUUACCGACACAUGGAACUCUAACACGAUCAAUUCAAGUUGUGAACAUUAACCUCCUGGGCACGACUGGGUAUUUUUAUAACUUUUAUAAACAUAAUAAUGUAGGUAAUUUAUUAAACGCGGCAGUGUUGUCAGAAAUGAUACUUCUCUAUAUCGAAAAAGUGAUUAAUCUGUAAAUACACAUUUAUUUGAUUUAUUUAUUUAUCCUUUGUAAACUAAAUGAAAUUACAUGAAUAUUUUUAUAUUUAUAUCUCAUAAAUGAUUUUUUAAACUGUAUAAAAUCAGAUGAGCAGAAAGUCAUGUGGCAAUGGCAACACUCAGGAGGUUAACUGGCGAUAUGAGCAGAAGUGACAGCGCGCGUGUGCAGGGCGCCGCCGCACCGCCCCGCCGCGGACGCCUCGCCCGGCUCCCUCUUAUCAUUCGUACACUACAGACAUCGCUAUAAUGAACUUGAGAAAAUACCUUAUAGAUGUGAAAGCCAGAUGUAUAUACAUAAUUUCAUAUACCUAUAUUUCUGCCACGCGAGAGUACGACAUAAUAAAUUAAAUUGAUAAAAUAUAUUACUUUAAUAUCAACUAAUAAGUCAUACUCAUAAUACUAUUGUAAAUUAUAAGUGUUAUCAGCAAGUCAUACGUAUUUUAUUUAUGUCAAAGUUAAUUUAGUUAUUUACAUGCUCAUAAUUGAUUUUAAAAAAUAAAUGAACUGAUACUAUUUAAGUGUUAUUUUAAACUGAAAUACUGUGUUUCAGAGUAAAUUUGUUUUAAGGUGGACCAAAUAAUCAACCAUUGGGUACUUGCAGUUUAGACCCAACAUUAACGUUAAAUUACGUUUUUAUACUGACCAAAUCAUUACUUAUUUGAAAUGGUAAAUAAAAAAAUAUUCUCUGCCAAAAUAAGUGAGCUUUCCCCUGAAAAUGUAUGUCGGUUUGAUUGUACACAAGUACCCUUCAAUAGCACCAGUUUCGAAAAGAAAAAAAUAAUUUUAACUACUAUUGGUUAAUAGUUAGUCUUCCUUGCCAACGGUAAAUGAUUAAAUUGAUGUAUGUAUUUGCGUAAUAAGUAGUAAAAAUGUAAUAAAAUAAAUGAUGUAUGUACAUCAGAGGAUGUUGGCGGAUCAAUAAUGUUGAAGUAGUUAGUGCAAUGCAGGCGCCCGCGCCCUCGCGCCCGCGGCUGGUCGCCGGCGAGCCCGACGCCGGACUAAACGGUACAGUCAUCGCGGUUACACCUUUAUUCAUUUUUCUAGGCCAAUUUUGUCAACGUUGUUUCUUUUUUAAUUUAUAUAGUUUUCUUAUUACAACCGUUCUCUCGAGUCUGAAUUAAAAUGAUGUACCUUUUAUUAUUUUACUGAAUCAUGUUUUAUCUUGAAUAUAUGAAAUAAUUAUUAACUUUGUAUUGCGUACUUAUAAACGUAUUGUAAACCUACCUCUCUUCUUGAGAUUUUUAUAAGGUAGGAGAUACUUUGUUUACACAUUAUGUAUUUAAGUACCAUAAGGUGCGUGGAUUGUUAAAAGGACUUGGUAUAUUAAAAUAAAUAAUUUAGGAAAAAA